UCAUGUGACGCCAUCUCUUCCCUAUGUCGCUGGCUUGACGGAGUUGCAGUAUUAUGUGGAGCAGGUGUAUUCAGUAGUGUCCUCGCCGGGAUUAAAACAUAAUGGGAAGAAUGAGAAGAGCGACAGUCGUAGCCUCCGCGGCAGCAUGUCUUGUUUUACUUGUGCAAGUUGUGGAGGGGACGUUGUGGUACAAGGACCUGUGCGGAUUCACAUGGAAAGCGAUUGACACAGAUAACAACACUUUCUAUACUAUAAAUCUCAAUAACUCCAGUGUCUCUGAAUGUGGGCGGUCAAGUGCCAUCUGUGCAAAUAAAUAUGGCAAAAGUUCAUUCCAGUCUGUGGGUGAUUUAUCUUUAUUGAAGGACUCUGGAAGUAUUUUGGAGUUUAACACCAGCAGCAAAUGUGCAGAAAACAAGGCCAAAACUGUACAGAGCAGCAUCAGCUUCUUGUGUGGUAAAACCAUGGGGACUCCUGAAUUUAUAACAGUGUCUGAAUGUGUCCAUUAUUUUGAAUGGAGAACAUAUGUAGCCUGCAAAAAGGACAAAUUCAAACCACACACUGAGGUACCUUGUUAUGCAUUUGAUGAAAAUGGAAAAAAACAUGACUUGAAUCCACUUAUCAAAAUAUCAGAAGCUUACUCUGUGGCUGACUUGGAUGAUGAUGUUGACUUGAUUAUCAAUGUAUGCAGAAAUAUAGACAGUUCAAAAGUAAAUUGUCCCAAAGGCAGUGCUGCAUGUUUACUUACAAGCAAAGGUGCCUUUGAAGUUGGUCGUCCCAAACAACCGCUGCAGCUUUUAGAUCAAAACAGAUUUGUACUCCAUUAUGAGUCAACAGCUGAACAUGUACCUGAGUUUUGUAAGGAUGACACUCCUGCUGUUACCAUAACAUUUGUUUGUCCAUCUAAAAGACAGGAGGGCACUGAACCCAGAUUAACAGCUAAAACAAACUGCCGCUAUGAAAUUGAAUGGUUGACUGAAUUUGCCUGCCAAAGAAAUUAUUUAGAAAGCCAUACUUGCAUUCUCACUAAUGAACAGCAUGAUAUUGCCAUAGACCUGACUCCACUGAGACAAAAUCCUGAAUCUGCAUACCGUGCAGCAUCUAAAACCAGUGAUGGAACUAUUGACUAUUACUUUUAUUUGAAUAUAUGUGGUGAGACAAUGGCUGGUGAAUGUGUGGAUCCAGGGAGAUUUGUUUCAUCUUGUCAAGUAAAAAACAAUGGGGAGUUCGCAAAAAUAGCAGGCAAAUAUCAGAAUCAGACUCUCCGGUACUCGGAUGGUGAUCUCUCACUGAUUUACCCUGGAGGCAGCACUUGUAGUUCUGGUUUUCAAAGAAUGACUAUUAUUAACUUUGCUUGCAAUGAAUCAGCAGAGAAUGAUGGAAAAGGUAGUCCUGUGUUUACUGGUGAAGUUGACUGCACUUACUUUUUUGACUGGGACACAAAGUAUGCUUGUGUUAAAGAAAAGGAAGAUCAUCUUUGUAGAGUGGCUGAUAAUAAGAAACUCUAUGACCUGUCUUCCUUAACACGAUUUUCAGAUUCUGGUCUGGCAUUGAAUUGGGAAGCCCUAGAUAGCAGUGUGUCAGAGAAGCAGAACUUCUAUAUCAAUGUCUGUAGCCGUGUUCUCAAGACAGGUGGUGCCAGUAGCUGCCCACUGGAUGCUGCAGCAUGUUCGGUUGAUAAAACUAAUAACACAAAGAGUCUAGGAAGAUUUCUUUCUUCACCAAGGUUGGAUGGAAAUAAAAUACAGCUUGUUUAUUCAGAAGGUGACUCCUGCCAUGAAACAUUCAAAAUAAAAACAAUCAUCAGCCUUAUUUGCAAACCUGGUGAUCUUCAAAGUGCUCCCAUUCUGAAGAGCACAGGAAGUGACGAAUGUCUGUAUGAAUUUGAAUGGCAUACGUCUGCUGCUUGUGUCUUGUCAAAGACUGUAGGGGAAAAUUGUAGAGUCUCUGACCCUCUGGCUGGCCUUUUCUUUGACCUCUCAAAGCUGUACAAAAAGGGUGGAAAGUACAAGAUUUCCACUCCUGUAUAUGACUUCUAUCUAAAUGUUUGUGGAAAUCUUUCAGACACAGUAUGCUUAAAUACAUCUGGAGCAUGUCAAGUUGAUAAAAGUAACAAUUCUUGGAAUCUUGGAGAAUAUAAUUCCAAACUCUCAUACUAUGACGGGAUGAUUAAACUAAUCUAUGCAAAUGGCUCACAGUAUAACAAUAAUCACCAUACAAGGCGGUCCACUAUGAUCACAUUUUUAUGUGACCACGAUGCCGGCAUAGGCCUUCCAGAAUAUCAGGCUGAGGAUAAUUACACUUACAAUUUCAAAUGGCGUACAGUGUAUGCAUGCCCUAUAAGCCUCCCAGAGUGUGUGGUAACUGACAAAGCAACAAUGGAGCAGUAUGACCUAUCUAGUUUGUCCAGAGUUAGUAUUAAUUCAGAGAACUGGAAUGCUUUGGACCGCUCACAAGAAAAAGUUCUUAGGAAAUAUUACAUCAACGUUUGUCGACCUUUAAACCCUGUUCCUGGUUGUGACCAAUUUGCCGCAGCUUGUGAAAUGGAAUUUAAAACUAGUGAGGGUAGGACUUAUGAAACGGUAUCUGUCAGUAACUUAGGAAUUGCGUUCAACGGCCCCGUCGUUAAAGAAAAGAACCACAUUCUUCUUGAAUACAUUAAUGGAUCUGCUUGUUUGAGUGCUGAUGGGAAUCAGACAUUUUACUCUACACAAGUAUUCCUUACGUGCUCAGAAGGAACUAUGUUUUCAGGUCCACGGUUUCUUGAAAAGCGUGACUGUGUGACCAAAUUUCUUUGGGAAACGGAAGCAGCCUGUCCAAUUUCAACCCUAAAAGGCAAUAAUGAGACUUGCACUGUCAAAGAUCCUAAAACAGGAUUUGAGUUCAGCCUUCUUCCAUUGGCUACGAAAACCGGAUACACUGCAACAGGAAAUGGAAAAAUAUUUAAGGUUAACGUUUGUGGUUCCAUAUCGGAUUGUGGCCUUGUUCAAGGAGUGCCUGCAGCUGGAUGUGAGUUGGAGGACAAGAAGCCGUUAACACCAGUUGGAGUUGAAAGAUCACUACAGUUUUCUACUGAUGGCAUCUUGACACUAAUUUACAUUGGUGGUUUCGAUAGCUCAACAGGCACACAUAGCAGCUUUAUAAUUCGGUUUGUGUGUGACCAGGAUGCCUACCCUGGAAAUCUUACUCUGUUGCGGGAGGAAAUGGGCUCAUUCAGAAACACUGUCCAUAAGGUCUUUUUUGAGUUUUACACUGCUCUUGUUUGCCUGCCUGCCCCAGUGGAUUGUGUGGUUACUGAUCCAUCAGGUAAUGAAUAUGAUUUAAGUGAUCUUAGCAGAGAUGAAGAACCUUGGACAGCAGUUGAUACCAGCAGUGAUGCAAAAAAGAGAACCUUUUAUCUUAAUGUUUGUAAACCACUGCCACGAGCUAGCGGAUGCCAAGGUGGAUCUCUUGGAUCUUGUGUAAAGUACGCAAAUUCCAAUACAAAUCUGGGUUACAUACAAUCCAGUCCACAAGCAAAUGCAGAUGGUUCACUGUCUAUAGUUUACCAUAAUGGUGACAAAUGCAAUACUGGAAGAUAUUCAACGCGCAUUAUUUUCCAUUGUGAUGAUAGCCCGGGCUCUCCAUUGUUUCAGCAUCAGGAUGUUUGUGAGUAUGUAUUUAUAUGGAGAACAUCCGAAGCUUGUCCUGUUAGAAGAGCUCAAGGCGACAACUGCCAAGUAAGGGAUCCUAAAAGUGGUUACCUAUUUGACCUGACACCACUUUCUUUGAAGGAUUAUGUAGUGAAUACAGAAGAAUAUGAAUAUCACUUCAGAGUUUGUGGCCCCCUAAAAACAGCAGUCUGUUUAAAUAAGACAGGGGUUGGGUUAGAGGCGGUUUCUUCCUGUCAAGUAAAAAUCAAGGAUAAAAAUUUUAAUAAAGUAGCAGGACGAUACACAAAAACAAUUACUUAUGAUGAUGGACUGAUCAAGAUAAACUACACCAAUGGAGAAAGUUGCCACCGAAUAUAUAAAAGAUCAACUACAAUUAUGUUUUAUUGUGACCACAGUCAAACUUCGGCAAAGCCAGUAUUUUUGAAGGAAACACUUGACUGUAGUUAUUUGUUUGAGUUUCAUACUUCAUAUGCUUGUCGUCCUUUCAAGACAAUUGAGUGUUCAGCCAAAGACAAUGAAGGAAACUCUUUUGACCUUUCAUCUUUGUCACUUCAUCAAAGCAAUUGGGUGAUUGAACCAUUGCCCAGAGACACAGGAAAGCGUUAUUAUAUCAAUAUCUGCAAGUCAUUAGUGCAGCAAAAUGGUUCCUGGAAUUGCUCAUCAAAUUCUGCAUCCUGUUUAAAAGAUGGCUCUAGAUACAUAAAUUUGGGAGAAGUGGCAGAAGGAGUACAUUGGGACAGUGGGUCUUUAAAAUUAACAUACGAGAAUGGGGAUAAUUGUCCAAGUGGCCAGAGAAGGAAAACUGUUUUAAUAUUCAAAUGUGAUGAAGAAAAAGUGGAUUCACUGCCAAUUCUGACCACUGCAUUGGAGGACUGUGUCUACUCAUUUGUGUGGUUUACUGCAGCUGCUUGCCCUCUAAAGAGUAAUACAAAUGAUGAUUGCAGAGUCAGUAACCCUGAAUCAGGUCAUCUGUUUGAUCUGAAUGAUUUUGCAAAAGAUGGCGGAUAUACAAUUCAUGAUGCAACAGACAAGAAUAAAGUGAUCUCCCUUAAUGUCUGUGGUGCUGUUUCAAAGGGCAUUUGCUCAGAAGGAACUGGGGUGUGCAUUCGCAAUGGCCAGAAUGUAGUGAAUGCUGGGAAAUUUUCUAAAAGUCUUACUUAUAUGGAUCAAGUAUUACAGCUUGUCUAUGAUGGUGGUGAUCCAUGUCCAAGAAAUCCCACUUUGACUCAUAAAAGUAUCUUAAGCUUUGUAUGUAAAUCUGAAGCAGGAUCUGGUGAUGGACCAGUGCUAGUAACAUCAGAUGAGGAGACCUGCAGCCAUUUUUUUUCUUGGCACACACCUCGUGUUUGUGAACAACGGGUUAAUUGCUCUGUUUGGAAUGGGACCUCAAUUAUUGACUUAAGGUCUCUUAUUCGGAAGUCUGGUUAUUAUUCAGCCUUUGAUGAUGAUUUGGAUAAUGGCAAUUCUCCAGAUUUCUACAUUAAUGUCUGCCAACCUCUUAACCCCAUUCCAGGAGUAAAGUGUCCUCCUGGGGCAGCUGUCUGUUUGGUUCCAGUUUCUGGACCACCCAUAGACAUUGGCAGAAUUUCUGGUCCUCCACAAAUCAAUACAGCAAUUAAUGAAGUUUACAUGAACUUUAAGAGUAAUACAGUUUGCCCAACAAACUCUAAUAAAAACUACUCGUCUCUCAUUGUGUUUCACUGUCAAAGAGGCACUGAACUGGGUUCACCUGAGAUGGUUAGAAAAUCAGAAUGCAGUUAUGCGUUUCAGUGGUUAACACCUGUGGUAUGUUCUGAUUCAGACAGCAGUACAGGAUGCACCUUAAGGGACGAGCAGCUCCAGUACACAUUUAAUUUGACGGCACUUUCAGCUAAAAGCUAUCAGGUUACAGCUGAUUCCAGAGCUUAUCAUUUCAAAAUCUGCUCUGCUGUGGUUAAUAAGCCAUGUAAUGAUGGUGCUGUAUGUCUGGUAUCUGGAGAUAAUAUAUCAUCCUUUGGCAUGGCAAAGGCAAUGCGAAUGAGCUAUAGUCACGAUCAGGAUGCUGUUUUAUUAAUGUAUGAAGAUGGAGAUCGGUGUCUUUCAGGAAACAGGAUGUCCACUAUCAUUUUGAAAUGUGAUGACUCUGUGGAAAGUGGAGAACCAGCGCUUGUGAGUGAAAGUUUGGGAUGUGCUGUCACAUUUGAAAUGAAGACCAAGUAUGCAUGUACACCCACCAAGAUGUUAUGUAAAGUAGCAAAUAAGCAUCGAACCUAUGACCUGAGAACUCUUUCGUCAAUGACAGGACCAUGGCAUUUCAGUAGUAACAAUAAUGGAUAUUACUUGAAUCUUUGCCAGCCAGUUCAUGGUGGCCUCACAGACUGCCCUACAAAUGCUGCAAUCUGCCGGAAAACUGAAACUGGAAAAACGCAAAUGCUAGGACUUACCCACACUCAGCAAAUUUCAGUUCAAGGUGAUACAAUUUUUGUUAAUUAUUCUGGAGGGGAAAGUGUAUGUGGAAAUACUCCAGCAAAAACUAUUGUGCAACUGGAAUGUGGAAAAACAAUUGGAAAGCCAUUUCUUCAUCAUAUUGACAAAGAACGAUGUGAAUUCUGGAUAUACUGGCAGACACAGGCAGCUUGUUCUGUGAAGCAACAAGAUGUACAGAUGGACAUGGGUAAAAUUACUAUUCCAGGUACCAGAAGAAGCAUCUCCAUGGAGUCUUUGUAUUUCAGUUUAUAUAAAGCAUCUGGUGAUAUACGGCCUAAUGGAGAUGCGUAUAUCUAUGAUAUCCAGUUGUCAGGGAUUACAAAUUCAACAGUGAGUAGCUGCAUUGGAGCCACUGUGUGCCAAGUGAAAACUGGAGGUCAGCAGUGGAGAAUAAUUGGCUCAUUGGAUUCAGCUAGAUACUACUUUAAAGAUGACAACUUAGACGUUCAGAUAGCUUCUAAGUCUCCUUGUAAUCGAGAGAAAACUAAGACAGCGUCAUCGACCAUACUGUUCCACUGCAAACCCUCAGCUGGAAAUGGUAUCCCAGAAUUCUUCAUGGAGACCGAUGACUGCCAGUAUCUGUUUCUAUGGUACACCUCUGUAGUUUGUUCCCUCUCGUCAAAUACUUCAGAGGAUGACGAGGUGUUUGGGUUUUCGAGACGCACGCAAGCUGUUGGUACUGUUCUGAGUUUGCUGUGUUUGGUGCUUAUUGUGUGUCUACUUGCCUUGCUAUUCUACAAGCGAGAACGAAGAGAAACAAUGAUGCAGAAAAUUUCCAGUUGCUGCCGAAGAGGAACAAAUGUCACCUAUAAAUACUCCAAGGUAAACACGGAUGAAGAUGUAGCAGAGGAUGAGACCGAGUGGCUGAUGGAGGAGUUAGCAAUGCCAGACUCCUCCAAGUUACCAAAGGAAAGUAAAGAGAAUGGCCACAUAACCACCAAGGCAGUCAACCCAGAUGUGUUUAGUUCUUUACACUUUGAUGAGCCGGACAGUGAAGACGAGGUGUUGACCAUCCCUGACGUUCACAUUCACUCUGCGCGACUACCAUCACAGAAGAAGCAGUUGUCGAGUGACACUCGUCAAAAGAGAAGGGUGGCACCAGGCAGAGCCUUUCAAGAUGGAAGUGAUGAUGAUCUUGUGGGCCUUCUAGGAGAGGAUGUAAUAAAGAAUAUCUCACCCAAACAGAAAGAAACAUCUCGCCCACAGAAGAAGAAAUCGGUGCCCUUAAACGUGCCAACCUUCCACGAUGACAGCGAUGAGGAUUUGCUCAAAGUCUGAACCUGUGCCAUUGAACUUGUUUCGCCUGCCAGACAUAACCAGUACUCUGUCAGGAAACCCCCUCAACCAAAUUAUUCUUUAACCUUUAUUUUUGUAUUUAAUUUCAAAAAGGGAAAAUGUAUCCAUUUUGCUGGUGGUUAUAAAUAUAUUUAAGGACAGCUUGAGCCUCUCCCUAAAUUAAAUACACUUUGCCAGCAACCAAUGGGACACUUCAUUUUUUUUUUUUUUAUUCAUCAGGUUGGCUUCGUCUUUGAUUAUUCUGACGUUCAUAAUUCUGCUGGCUGCUGAUGUGAAAGGCACUCCCAACAGAUCAUUCACAAAGAACAUCUUGUAUUUUUUAUUCAAUUUUGAAAACAAUAUACUUGAUUUUAUGUAUUUAUUUAACAAUAUGACGAUUUGGUUUUGCCAAGUAAUCUUGGGAUCGGUACUCUGAAAACAGGAACACAUCCAUGCAUGGCAGUAUUUUUCAGGGGUUGCCAAAUUCUAUGUAGCACAUGAACAUUCAAGCCAUUUUGUGGGUCAUUUUUGAAAUCCUAUUUCUUUUUCCUCCUUUAGUGGAAUAUAAACAAAUUAGACCCUCUAAGUAUACAUUUAAUAUGCUAUCUAAAGUAUAAGUGAGCAGCCCUUGUGCAGUUUAAUAUGCCACAUAUCAUGGGGAAUCAUCACCUUAAAGCAUUGGGCAUGAAAAGAAAGCUGCACUUGUAUCGUUAUACUGUAUGUUUCAGAAAAUGCCCUGCACAGAUCAAGCACGUUUUUAUUAUCAUGGGCAGUUACUUCUGUAGGGCAUGGUGCAACUCAAAUGGAGGAUUCCCGCUUUUUAAUGGGUUUGUUUUCCUUAGGUCAGUUUGAAAGUAACGGGCCAUGCCACAUAGUGUGCACUUUAGAAUGACCAAAUGAAGGUUGAAAUGACAUGACUCUGUCAACAGUUUUACAAGUGCAGAGUCCUUGCCAGCGCUGGUGACAUGUAGUUUAUUUUUGUUUUUUAAACACGCAAAGAAACUCCAGACGUGUGCAUCUUUUACUCUCCAUCAUGCGUCUCAGUUGAAGAUAAUUCCUGUUGGAAUGCGUUUUGGUCCUACUACUGAAGUCACAUAAUGGAAAAAUUUUGUUAAUUUUAAUUUUAUUUUUUAUUUUUUUUUUGUGCAAGGGAAGGUAAUAUUAUGUUUAUC